UGCGCGUUGGCCGCCGUCGCCGGCUCCGGCUCCGGCUCCGGCCGGCCGGACUCGAACUCGACCGACUCGGAGACACGUCAAGAGAUGCCGGUUUCGGUGCCGGUGCCGGUACCGGUUCCGGGCGGUGGCAGAGCGCCCGGUGAUGAGACGAGUCUGUCGAGCGUGAACAUCUUCCCAACUGGCAGCCUGGACACUGUGUCGUUGUCGUCGAGUCUGUCGUUGUCCACCUCGACGUGGCAACCGGACUCGGGUGAGUUGGAUGCUGUGGUCGGCUGUCGCAUGGCGGGCGUGCAGGAGGAGAAGAUGGGGCUGCGAGGUGAGAGGCGAGACGAGGCGUCCGACGCCGCACGCGUCCAAUCGGACGCGGAGCCGGCGGCCAGUUUGGCCGCAAGCGUCGACCAACGACUGCUCGUCUUCCCGGGACCGGGCAGCUCGGCCGGCCAAUUGAAGUCGACCUCGAUUUGCACUCUCUCCGCGGCCUCGUCCAUCGCGACUUUUGCUCCCUUCUCCACUUCGUCAGCCUCCUCCGCCUCCUCCUCUUCCUCCUCUUCCUCCUCCUCCUCCUCCUCCUCCUCCGGAGUCGGCUCAGUCUCCUCGUGCCUGGCCGGCUCGGCGCUCUCGACGUCCAAAUCGGCCUUUUCCGGCCUAAGCGAGUCCCACAACCACACGUACACCGACUCAUGCGAGCAAAUGUCCGACUCGUCGCCCGGCUGCGCAGCAGCAGCAGCAGCAGCAGCAGCAGCAAUUGAUGCUGCGCUGGCUGACAGUGCGUCGGAGCAGCCUGACGGACCGCAGCCUCGAGCGUCUGUUGGAGACGGCCGUCCGCGCCUCGUCAGCCUCGGCGUGACGGACUGCAUCAACGUGUCCGACGAGAGCCUGGCCGCCAUCAGCCAACUGUUGCCGGGCCUGGUGGAACUGCGUCUCCAGGCCUACCAUGUCACCGACUCGGGCUUGGCCUACUUCAGCGCGCGCCAGCGGCUCGGCCUGCAACGGUUGUAUCUGGUACAGUGCAUGGAGGUGACCAAUCAGGGCGUUGUCAACCUGGCUCAGGCGCUCGUCAAUCUGCGAGUGCUCAGCCUGAGCGGCUGCUCCAAAUUGUCCGACGACGGACUGGACGUCGUCUGCGAGAGCAUGAAACAAUUGGUCAGCCUCGACCUCUCCUGGUGCCCCAAGGUCACCGACAGUGGACUCGAGUGCGUCGCCUGUGACCUCGUCCUGUUGAAGGCUCUCUCGUUGGACCGGUAA